AUGAAAGUAUAUUCUAUUUUCAGAUCUGGGCAUUUUUUAGUUCUGCUUUGUCUUUUCACUGUGGAAGGCAAAAAGUCGCCAACAGUGAAGCAUACCUGCCGAAAAGGACUCCUCUUGCAAGUGACGGAGAACCUGUAUAUCAAGGCAACUAGUUUAAAAUCAUCUGUUCCUAAGGAUCUGAUCAAGAACACAAGACUGCUUAAAAAGACAACAAAAACGCUGUUUAUGCUUCCAUGUGCUCCAUCCACAAGGUUAACUUCUACAGUCAAAAACUUAAGGAAAGCAUUUCUUAAGCUUGGAGAGAGGGGAAUCUACAAGGCCAUCCAUGAGCUGGAUAUUCUCCUUCCCUGGAUUCAGGAAUACAUACAAACCAUCAUAUGA